AUGGUGGACGAUGGAAGCAACAUUGAGUCUUUGAUGGAAGAUCAACACAACAAAGACUCGACGAUUGAAAAUCAAAGCGACAGAGAGUUGCCGAUGGAAAAUCGGUGGGACGGAGAGUUGCUGAUGGAAAAUCUGAGUGACGAAGAGUCUCUGAGGGAAAAUCAGAGCGACAGAGAGUUACCAAUGGAAAAUGAAAGUAAUUUCACCAAUUACAUUUCUUUCUCAUUAGGGGGUUUUCCUGAUUUCGAAUUCACAACAGGUCCCAAGUGUCUGUCUACACUGCAAAAUGGAAGAGACUAUGAAAGUCAAGAUUAUACGUGGCAUGCUGUUGCUUCGUGGACAUGGGAUGCACAGGAUGAGACUUGUGGAAUUUGUAGGAUGGCCUUUGAUGGCUGUUGUCCUGACUGUAAACUCCCUGGGGAUGAUUGCCCUUUAAUUUGGGGUGCUUGCAACCAUGCAUUUCAUCUUCACUGUAUCUUGAAGUGGGUGAAUUCACAGACUUCUCAGGCACACUGCCCCAUGUGCCGCAGGGAAUGGCAAUUCAAAGGGUGAAAAACUGUUUGGAAGCAUUGCCCCCAUUCAACUAAAAGCACCUCAGAAUUAAACAUUUUUUCCAUCUCUAGUUUGGUCCUGAGUUGUUUCCUUCUUUGCCUAAUGUUGUAUCAAACAUUGUAUUAGUUAGGAUGGCUUUAUGUUGUUUUCUUUCAGAUAUUCUAUAAAGUUGGACAAAUUAUGUGCUUUAAUGGCCAAAAAUCUUGGUUAUGGUGAAUGAUACUAGAAAUGUAAGCAUGUUUUUAGGGCUUAAAA